AUGAAGAGAAAAUUGAAUACCAUUUCGAGUGCAAGCAAUUCAUCCUCAAAUUCGGAUGCAAAUCAAUCAACGUUGAAAAAGCCUAAAAAACCCAUGAAACAAUCAAGAUUAAAUUUCGGAAUGAUGGGUACAAAUAAGAAAUCGAGUAGUAGCAGUAGUAAUGAGGAUUCGGAAGGUGCGGUUGUGUUGGUGAUUGAUGAGGACAAUGAUGAAAAUAAUUCUUUGAAAACAAAUUUUGAAACAAACAAAUGUGUGUUGUCCAAUUCGAGCCUAAGCAGUACCAACAGCUUAUCUUCUCAAUUUUCCAAUUCUUUAGAGAAUAUUCAUUCAUCGGUCCGAUCGUCAUCGGAUUUAUUAUCACCAAUAUUACUUGGAAUUGAUCAUCCCUAUGAUAUGAAUCAGAAAUUCAAAUUUAUUAGUUGGAAUGUGAAUGGAAUUUCUGCCAUCAUUCGAAAACAACCCAAUUAUCUAAAGAGAAUUUUCGAGAAUGAAAUGCCCAUUUGUGUUUGUCUUCAAGAAACAAAAUUGUCGACGGAUAUUAAGAUUGCUGACAUGCAAAAGUUUCACUUCAAAGGUUAUGAAAGUCAUUUCAAUACGUCAGAGGCAAAGAAGGGUUAUUCAGGAACUGCUGUUUAUAUUUUGAAGAAGAGUCCUUAUCGAGUGGUUCGAGUAAAGUUUGGUAUAGGAAUUGAAAAACAUGAUCAAGAAGGAAGAUGUAUUACAGUAGAAUUUGAAAAGUUUUAUUUGGUCAAUACCUAUUGUCCCAAUUCUGGGCAAAACCUUGAACGCUUAGAUUAUCGAACGAAAGAAUGGGAUAUUGAUUUAUUGAAAUAUUUUGAAAAAUUGGAAAAGAAAAAACCAGUGAUUUGGACAGGAGAUUUAAAUGUUGCUCUCACACCCAUUGACAUACACAAUCCAGAAGGCAACGUGCGAUGUGCUUGCUACACACCUGAAGAACGUUCCAGUACUCCAAUUGUCACAAAAACAAAUCCUCCCUUCAUUGAUGCAUUCCGAUUAAUUCACGGAAAUAAGAAAUUCUGUUACACCUAUUACGGAUAUCGUAACAAUAAGAGAGACAAGAAGGAAGGUUGUCGAAUUGACUACUUUAUUUGUAGUGAACCCUUAAAACCUUACAUUGAAGAUUGUUACAUUUUAGAAGACUAUUAUGGAAGUGACCAUCUUCCUAUUGGAUUGAUAUUGAGCAAUAGUAGUAGUAGCAGUAGCACUACAACUUCCACUACUGUGAAUCAGCAGAAUCAACCAACGAGUGAAGCACCAAUUCCUGUGUUGUCAUCAUCAAUUGUUGAGAUUGAAUCUUCGUCGUCCAAUGAAACCCUUCUAUCAAAAUUCUAG